UCUCUCUCUCUUCAUUAUAUGCUGUCCCUCCCCCCCAUUUAUGAGAGGCCCCUCUCUGCUUCACUCUAGAAAAUGUUGGGGAGGCAAGCAGUUUGUUGCGAUCGGGGGGUCGUCUGUAGAUCUUUAAUUAGUUUCUUCCAUUUUCUCAUCUUCUCUGGUGGGUGGUAGCAGAGCUGACGACAUUGGUAGUAGCAGUAGAAGUAGCAGUAAAAGCAGCAGUGGGGAGAGGUUUAUAGGCGAGUGUGAGGUCCCCAAGAGGAGAGUGUCCAGUGUUUGUAAUUGUUGGUGUAUUUGUUGUAUGUUGUCCUGAGCGAUCGGUUCAUUUGCUGUCGGAAAACAGAAGGAAGGAGGGGAAAGAUCGAGGGAGAAAAAGAAAAGUAGAGGGAAGGAUGAGAGAAGGAGGGAGGAAGCAGGGGACGUCGUCGCCGUGCGCGGCCUGCAAGCUGCUGAGGAGGAGGUGCACCCUCGACUGCGUCUUCGCCCCUUACUUCCCCUCCGACGAGCCCCAGAAGUUCGCCAACGUCCACAAGGUCUUCGGCGCCAGCAACGUCAACAAGAUGCUCCAGGAGCUGCCUGUGCACCAGCGGAGCGACGCGGUGAGCAGCAUGGUGUACGAGGCGAACGCAAGGGUUCGGGACCCAGUCUACGGGUGCGUGGGCGCGAUCACGUCCCUCCAGCGGCAGAUCGACGUGCUGCAGACGCAGCUGGCGCUGGCGCGAGCCGAGGUGCUGCACAUGCGGAUGCGCCAGGCCGCAGCGCCGCUGGCCGCCGUAUCGAACCUCAUAGAGAACCCGCCCAGCGAGCCCAGGUUGGCCCACCCGAGCCGGACGUUGUUCGGUCUGGAGGACAGCUUCCAUCAGGCUAACAUUGGCGAGACGCUUUGGUCAUGCUAGCUAGCUAGCUCAUCAACCAGCACCUACUUUAAGCGACUCUCUCUCUCUCUCUCUCUCUCUCUCUCUCUCUCAUGAUGAAGUUGUUAUUUAUUGUAGGGCGUGGCUACGUGUUUAUGUUAUUUGAAGAGCAGUAGAUUACACUUAUGUUGGUUUCCUUUAUCAACACUUUUUGUACAUAAAUCUUUUGAUCAUAGAGUUUAUGCUUGAUUGAGGUAGCUCA